AUGAAGAAAGGAAAAGAAUGUUACUGUGUGGAUCGGGUGAUGUUCCGUGUCUCCAGCCAGCUCUGCAACCGGAAGUGCAAAAAUGGGAAGGAUGCAUGUGGGGGUGGUGGAACCUAUCAUUCUGUCUACUCAAUCAAGCGAUGCAUGUUAGCCUGCUUAGAGAUGAAAGCUCUGUUUGCAUACAUAAGUGGAGAGAAGUGCCAGUGCGAUUUCACGGACAAAGAAAAUUGUCUUGCUUCAGCCGGAACCAUGAUGACGUCAUCCAAAAUUUCAGGGAUGUGCGAUAAUUGUGUGGUGAGGUAUCAUGCCAGUGUGGACAGCGUGCAGUUGAAUCAGGGCCUAUCAUCAUUUCGUCACUGCGCACUGCUUGGAGCAACAGACGGGAAGAAAUUCAAGCGAGAUGCUGAAGAUAGAAAGAAUGUAAAAAAGAAGAAAAGAAAGAGUGAAGAUGAUGGAGAAAAUGAUAGAGGAAGUGAGAGGAGUUUGAAAUAUUGGGGGGAAUGUGAAGGAGUUUUGGUCCGGGCUCUAGACGGUCGAGUGGGAGAUGUCAAGCUGGUCUUGAGGGAAGCCCAGAUGGAUGCAAUGUGGGUGGUCGUCGAUUUAGAGGGGCAGUUCAUCGUGGAAAGGGUCGUCAUCUACGACGCUUCCCAGAUGCCAGUUAUCUCAGUGGGUCUCAACAAAUCCCUCCAUGUUCCUCCAAAGAAAUCUUUCCUGUCUGGUUCUUACGAACUAUGCGACAGUUACCAUGAAAGCAGAAACUGUCCUGAAAAUCGCGUCGAGAUGCACUGCUACGAUAAAACGUAUGCGGCAAGAUACGUCAUCAUCAUGAGAGAUGAUGAUGACGAUGGUGAAAAUGAUGAGGAUGAAGAUGAAGAUGAGGAUGGAGAUGGUGUUGGUGGUGUCGGUGAAAUAAAUAGGAGUAUGGUCUUCAGUGAAAUCGAAGGCAAAACCACAUGUUUCUGUGGCACUGACGCCGACCAAAUGACGUCAUCCCAAUUUUGUCACAUGACCUGUCGUCAUAGCAACCAUUUGUGCGGGGGUGACGACUAUUAUGCCGUUUAUUCAGGUUUUAUACCAAGAGCUAAGCAGAACCACACGCAAUGUGCUUGUGGUAGCUUACUGGACUUCAAGGACCAGCUGCCUAUCAAUAUGUGCCCGUUAAAAUCUUGGAGCAUAUACAGCAUUGAGCCCGGCACUCUAAUGCACUUCCAACUGAACCGGAGGGAUGAAAAGAAUGUAGAAAAUUCUACAAAAGAAAUGAAUGAAGAAAAAAAAAUAAAAGAAACAAAUGAUGGAAAGAAUGAAAGAAUAAAUGAAUUAGGAGGUCUGUGUUUUUCCGGGUGGUCUGGCCCAAUGUGUGACGUCAGAGAUUGUAAGCAAAACAACGGAAAUUGUGAUUUGAAUUCAAGUUGUGUAAAAGUGAAAUCCGACGGUGACGUCACUGUUGAAUGUCAGAGCCAUUUUGGACACGUGAUCACGAAAAAGAAAAAUGCAUUCGAACCCACAACAAAAUCGACUCUCCUGAACACGGAUCAGACGGAUCAGAGCUACCACUUCCUGUUGCAUCACAAGGAUGCAAUUAUCCUCGGCUUUUCUCUGGCUGCUAUUCUUGUGGCCGUCGUCAUCAUGGCAACUGUGGUCGUCGUUAGCGACAGGAAGAAGAAGAAGGCGGAAGAGAGGAGGAGGAAGAUGAUAAUGUGGAUGGUUCUGAGGAGGAGGGCUAGGAAGAUGACCGGUGCACACUACAUCCACUCGUACGUUGCAAAGGUAGAAGUAAUCAAUAAAACGCAAGCAUGGAGAUCCUUCCUCGCUCCACAGCCUAUGCCGACACUCAACGUAUCAGAGUUCUUGUUGUUCUUGUGCUGGAUAAUCGGUGAUCGGUUCCCGCGUCGUAUGACCCCAUUUCAACCGGAUGACCCCUCGAUAAGUUACCGCAGGGAGCAAGGUCUCAAGGCCAUGGCCGGGUUCGAUUACAAAGGUCAAGUUUCAGAAGUGGUCGUGGUGGUCCUGUCGUUCUGUUUGCCGCCCGCUGUUGGGCGUGCCUCGUCUGCCACCUCUUCAUACCCACCCGUAGAAUGUUCAGAUUCAUUGGUAGCCACUGAUGAAAUGAAUGAAUGA